AUGUUGAGUCAAGAUGAUGAUGGAAUGACUGAAGAAAAGGAUGAAAGUUCAAAUGAAAAUACUUCAGGUGAUGUAGGGACUGACUCUAAUGAUAACAGUGACGAUGAAAUGAUCAAUGAUGAAGAAUCCGACGAAAAUAGCUCGAAUGAUUCAAAGGCUAAGUCAAAUCAUAAAUAUGAUAAUGAAAUAAUUGAUGAUGAAGAGUCUAAUGGAAGUAACCCAAGUGAUUCAGAGAUGGAUUGUAAUGACGUAUAUGAUAAUGCAUCGGUUACUGAUAAAUCAAGUUUUACUUCGAAAGAUGGUUUGAAAUUACCUACUGGCAUAAGCAUUUCGUCAAAAAGAAUUAAAAUGGUUCCACCAACAGUCACUAUUAAAAAGGAAGAUCGAAGCAAUAUCUUUAUUCGUCGAAAUAUCUUUUUCCCGAAAGGAUCACGCUGCUGUAAAAUUCAUACUUCAAAUGGAUAUUUAUUACGUGAAGACUUCUUCAAAUUGACUGCUUACAAAGACGAUUAUAGAAUAUUCAAUCUUAAUUAUAUUGUGAACACUAUGCAAAAACUGCGAAAAAUGGUCAAUAGUAAUAAAAAUGUAGAUUCCGAUGAUCCUUUAUCGUUAUCAGACAUCCAAUACAAAAACCUCACUGGCUUUACGCGAACACAGCAUGAUCAUGUUCUCUCAUAUAUUCCCGCAAGUGCUCUAAAAACCUCUAUCAAUCGAUCUCCUCGCUGUGCCAUCGCAUGCUUACUUAUGAAAUGA